AUGUGUAAUCCGGAAUGCACGCUUUGGUACCCAAGUGGCCAUCGAAUCAAUGGCUAUUUGCAAACGAAGACUUUUCAGGACUGGGAUGCUUUGAGAGAUUGGACAGAGGAGCAUACUAGUAAUUAUUAUGAUCAAUAUGAUAUGGAACCAGACACCAUUGGGGACAAUCUGUGGUACAACUAUCAUGCUGGAGACGGUUUGCCAGUUGGCAGUCUGUAG